CAGGCUGGCCUCGCCGAGGCGGAAGAAGUUAAUCAACGAGGGGUGCCCAUGCCGAGCGUCAGGAAAAAUCAGCAGGAGGGUCUCAGGCGCGCGAGAGGAAAAUUCUCAGAGGGAACGACGAGCACGAGGAAUUCAGUGAAAGAGUGGUGUUUGUGAGCGAGCGAGCGAGCGAGCGUGGCCGAGGCUGGACGAUCGCACCAGAGCACGUUUCCGCCAGAAAAUGUCGUCGAGAACGUGUUCGACGGUAAUCGCGGGACUGAUCCUGCUGGUAUUCACCGUGAUAUCGUACAGGGGAGUGCAAGGACACGUCGCCUUGACUUUUCCGCGCGCGAGGAAGUACGAUCUGGACUUUCUGGACAACGCCAGGACGCCGGGACCAUGCGGAAUGCCUCGAGGCGAUAUCAAGACCACAUUACUGUCCGGUAGUAAUUUCAACGUCACUUGGCAUCUGGCUUAUCCCCAUCGGGGAGGAUUUCGAUUGCAAAUCCUGGACGCCCUCGACAGGCCGCUGGUCGAUUUGACACCGGUGACAAAGAACAGCGAAUUCGUCGAGGACGACGCCACGGCGCAGAUCUAUGCGGUGCAUUUACCCCAGAAUUUCACCUGCACGGACUGUACGAUCCGACUUCUUCGCGAAGCGGAGGAGUGGGGCGCGAGCUACAGAUUUUGGUCCUGCGCCGAUAUCGAUAUCGUCGAUAGGAAGGCCUACAGGGAAGAUUGCAGCGGUCACGGCCGAUAUCUUCUGGGUCGUUGCAGAUGCGAUCGGCUGUAUCAUGGCGCUAGGUGCGAAUUUAAGGAGGAAUGCCUGGACGACUCGGAUUGCGGUAUCCAGGGCACGUGCAUCGACAAUGGCGGCACGACCGCGCCCACCAAGCACUGUUACUGCAACAUUGGAUGGUUCGGUCCUGGUUGCGCGAAAAAGUCGCCGAUCAAGACGAUCGACGUGGACCUCGACGCGUACACGAUGAGGAAGUUCUCGGACAACUUUACGUUUUACUGGCGCAUACUCAAGGAGAGCAAAGAACUCGAGGGCGUUAUGGUAGUAAACGGGACGAGCUGGGUCGGCGUUGGCUGGCGACCAAACGACUUGACACCGGCCUGUCGAGCUUUCCCCGAGAUUCAAGAAAAACCGAAAGGGGAGCCGCUCCCGCGGCCCGAGCCAAAAUCGGAACCGGAACCCGAGUCCGAGCCGAAGGCCGAGCCGAAACCGGAACCCGAGCCCGAGCCCGAGCCCGAGCCCGAGGCGGGAACGGAACGGUCCGGUGCCAAGAGGAGAUCGGCCAAAGCUCAUGAUCUUACUUCGUUGGCCGCGACUCCGCGGUCCGACGCUGAUGUCACCGUGCAGACCAGCGUGACUUAUCGCGUCAGCACGAAGCAAGGACGUAAAAAGCGGUCUCCGGAUUCCGCGGCAACCUCUACAAACGGGGAACCCGUCGCCGAGCCGAGCACUGUCGACAGCACCGACACCACGCCCGAACCCAAAUCAGAGCCCGUGUCCGAACCUGAACCGAAGUCCGAGCCUGAACCCGAACCUGAACCGAAGUCCGAACCCGAACCGAAAUCCGAGCCUGAACCGAAAUCCGAACCCGAACCUACACCGAAACCGGAGCCAAGGUCCGACGCAGAGCUAAUAUCCGUUUCAAAAUCUGUCUCGAGCCCGGAAACGCGGUCUCAAUUGAAAACGAUUUCCAAAGCACAAGCCAGAGCCUAUUCGGAACCCAAUGCCACGCCGGAACCUAAAUCCGAACCCGAACCUAAAUCGGAACCCGAACCUAAAUCCGAACCAGAACCUAAAUCUGAACCCGAACCCAAAUCGGAACCCGAACCUAAAUCCGAACCCGAACCUAAAUCCGAACCCGAACCUAAAUCCGAACCCGAACCUAAAUCCGAGCCGGAACCUAAAUCCGAACCCGAACCCAAGUCAGAACCAGAACCAAAGUCCGAACCGGAACCCAGUUCCGAACCAGAGCCAAAGUCUGAACCGGAACCCAACUCCGAGCCACACCCAAAGUCAGAGCCGGAGCCAAAGUCUGAACCCACCUCGGAACCGGAGCCGAUUUCGGGCCUCAGGUCGAGCGCCACAAAAGCGAUCCUGCCCGGACCGGUGCACAAGUACACGCCGAAACACGACUUCAACCCCAUGGACUGCACCGACAUAAUAAUCGGAUCGGCGCGAGGCGACAGUCACAGGAUAGGCGACUAUUACACCAGGGACCGGUCGACGCCCAGGAAGGACGACUAUUGGGGCGGCAGGGACACCCUUACCGCCGCCAUGGGUUACGAAAAGGACGGCGUCACCACGAUACUGUUCAGACGGAAAUUGGCCGCGAACGAGCCGACCGAUCACGAAAUCGUCGAUGGGAACAUGCAGGUGAUAUGGGCGAAGGGACAGGAACCCGGCAAGUACGUCCAUAAUCCGCCCAGCGGCAUCGAGAAGGCCAAGGUCGGCGUGAAAGACUUCUACAAACCGGACGAGCUCAAGUAUCACGGCCACGGCUCGCAGAGGGGGGCUCUGAGCCUCAAUUUCUUCGAGGAGAAAAAUAGGCCAGAGUUGGUCGACGGAGAAGCACCCACGCCGGUUGCAACCUGCCAAGGCGAAUGGCACUAUCCGAGACGAUGCUCGCCCGAAAAUGGCACCUGCGAAUAUUCCCUUCAGUGGUCGUACAAGAGCCGAAAGGACCAAUUAUCGUUCGUCAUCAGCACGACGCACACGAACAGCUGGACCGGUGUCGGUUUCUCCGACGACGAGAAAAUGUCGCAAACGGACGCGGUGCUCGGCUGGGUCGACGACAAAUCGGGCCGCGCGUUCCUGAUGGACACAUGGAUCAGCGGUUACAACGCGCCGCUGUUGGAUCCGUCCCAGGAUAUUUACAACACCGGCGGCAGCAAAGCGGACGGCGUGACGACCCUGAGAUUCUCGAGGAAACGGGUGACGAAAGACAACAGGGAUCUCUCGUUCACCGACGACCAUUGCCUGUACAUGAUGUACCCUGUGAAAGGCGGCGUUUUCAACGCUGUCAGCAAAAAGAUCCGCAAACACGACGCCGUGCCGGUGGUGUCGUCCGAGAGGAUAUGCAUCAAAUCUUGCGGGGACGAAGAACUGGAGGACAUGACCACGCCAGCGCCGCCGAGGCUGCAUUACAACGUGGAAGUGAAACUGGUGAACUUGGGCGAUGGUUUCACAGCGCCCGCGCCAGGCAGCUCCGACUUCGAAGUGAUCUCGAACACGAUAUCCGACAGCUUCGGCCCAGUUUUCGAGAAUCUGCCCGGCUAUUAUCAGAUCCGGCUGAACGAGUUGCAGAAGAACGACGAGCAGAACGGUGUUAUCGCGAAUAUGGAUCUGAUAUUGGACAAGAACGAAAUCAAGGGCAGGUCACUGAAGCCGGUGGACACCAGCGCGGCUGCGGAGAAAGCUUUGAAAGAAGCUCUACUCGACGGGAAAGUCGGCGCGCUCAGCGUUGACCCGCAAUACCUGAUCGUUAAAGCUCCUCGAGUGAACGAUUUAAUUGGAGAAGACGCGGACGAGGGAUCGUCGUUCACGUCGGACCUGUUCCUCGAUCCGACCAAGCUGUACAUUGUUGUGGGUUGCGUGGCCGCGUUGCUCGCCCUGGUCCUGUUACAAGCGAGCUGCACCCUGUACAGAUCGUCCAGAAGACGAACAACGAAGGAUCGGCUGAUCGCUAGCAACGCUUGGAAGGACUACGCUUCCGGCGCGAACACGAACUUCGCGUUCGAGGCGUUCGAGACGGAGGAGAAGGCGCCGCCGCCGCCGGUCUCGAGCCUGCCGCGUCACAGAGAGAUGACCGGGAACGGCCUCGGCGGCGGUACCGACCAGGUGGAGGGCCCGAACAGAAUGGUGGGGCCCCGGGCGACGUACAGCUUGCCGCGGGCCCCGGGCUCCAGGCACACGGCGCCGAUCCAGCCCGGUUACUACACCCAGGACCGCAGGGACCACUAUCAGAGGUCGAAGGGCAACGGGCAGCAGAACCCGGCGGCGGGCGGCGUGUCGACCCAGCCGAACCAGCCGGACUUCUACUUCAUGCCCAGCCAGCGGAAGUACAGCGGCGAGGUGGUGCGCGUCUACGUCGACUACGGCAGCCAGGCGACGAAGUAGAAGAGCACCGAAGAAGAGCUCGCGAUCCGAGAGUGUUCUCUUCUCUUCUCUCUGCUUUCGCAUCACCCCGAGCGGACAAUCGCGACACGAUCGUCUCUCUUUUUGUUCCACCCUCCCCUCCGACCCUACCCUUGUCUUCUCUAACUCUUUAUCAGUUCACCUUUAGUUUACAUCGCUUCAGUGAAGCGACCGUGUGUACAUAAAACGCAGUGAAAAGCGGACCUGCAAAUGGAAAUGAAAAAAAGACUUCGCUCGAAACGAGCCCACCCCCGCCGGUGCUGCCCCCCUCGCCCC